AUGGUACAUGGGCACAGCUUCCAUCACGUUGUUGCAAGUCUACUCAUACUUGGGUUGUGUGGGGCAACAAAGAAGGAUCCAGCAGUGAAAAACAAUUCGGGAGUGAAACCUGCAGGUCAAUGUGGAACGUGGGUGAAAGAACCAGAAGGAGGGCUCUUCACUUCUCCCAAUUACCCAAACAAAUACCCCCCAGACACAGAGUGUGUUUACAUCCUUGAAGCUCCCCCGAGGCAGUGUAUUGAUCUACACUUUGAGGAGAAUUAUUCAAUCGAGUCCUCUUGGGAAUGUAAAUUUGACAACAUCGAGGUUCGGGAUGGACCGUUUGGCUUCUCCCCGAUUCUCGGACGGUACUGCGGUCAACACAGCCCGCCUGAUAUCAGGAGUAGCGGCCGAUAUCUUUGGAUAAAAUUUGUUACAGAUGGUGAACUGGAAGCAGUGGGAUUUUCAGCAAGUUACAACUUCACCGCAGAUCCAGACUUUGCAGACUUAGGAGUACCCCCACCUCUCCCCUCCUGUCAGUAUGACAUGGUUGGUCCAGAAGGUAUCGUUGAGUCUCAUCAGAUCACCAGAGACGGGAAGGCGGGUGCCGCUGAGGCCGUCGACUGUAAAUGGUACAUCCGUGCUCCACCACGCUCCAAGAUCUACCUGCGUUUUCUCGACUACGAGAUGGCAAAUUCCAACGAGUGCAAGCGCAACUUCGUGGCGGUGUAUGAUGGCGGCAGUUCGGUGGAAGACCUGAAGAGCAAGUUCUGCUCCACGGUGGCCAACGACAUCAUGCUGGUGUCCACGCUGGGAGUCAUCCGUAUGUGGGCGGACGAGGCCAGCCGCAAAAGUCGCUUCCGCAUCCUUUUCACAACCUACCAAGAACCUCCAUGUGAUGCAGAUGCCUUCUUCUGUCACAGUAACAUGUGCAUAAACAACACGCUGGUGUGUAACGGCAUGCAGAACUGUGUCUACCCCUGGGAUGAGAACCAGUGUAAAGAGAAGAGGAAAGCCAACAUCCUGGACAACCUGAACAACACAAACGGGACCAUAAUUGGCGUGACCUGCUGCAUCGUCCUCAUCCUCCUCAUCGUCUCCGUCAUCGUCCAGAUCAAGCAGCCGCGCAAAAAGUACAUUUUGCGGCGCGAGGACUUUGACCCCACCAUGUUCCAGGAGGUCUUCGAGCCCCCUCACUACGAGCUGUGCACUUUACGGAGUGCCACCACACCCACAGCGGCCUCAGCAGAUCUAGUCGACCUGGCGGAAGACUUUGAGAACUACCACGCCCUUCGCCGUGCCUCCUCGCGCUGCGUCCACGAUCACCACUGUGGCUCCUCGUCCAACCCCGGCUCCGCGCACAUAUCCCAGCUGUCGCUCAGCGGACGGGGCAGCCGUGGCAACCUGAGCGCCCGUGACGCGGCGGCCGCCACCCUGCUCACGGACCUCCCGCAGCCGCCCAUGGCAGUGCGGCCCUUGCUGCCGGCCACGGGAAACCGCAGGAGCAUCUUGGUCAUGAAGCACAGCUACUCGCAAGAGGCAGCGGACAAUGAAUGUGACCUGGACGACGACCUGGAAGAAGUUCCCACCACCAGCCACCGGCUUUCACGCCACGAAAAGGCAGUACAGCGGUUCUGCCUCAUUGGCUCUUUGAGCAAACAUGAAUCAGAGUACAACACAACUAGGGUCUAA